AAACUUUCACGUUUGCUGGGGAAACCUAAACCAAAUGGAUCCCCUCAAGAGACAAAUCAGCUGAAAACUGGGCGGUUGGUGUUUGGAGGCAGCCAGUGCUCCUCUGCAGUGAAUUCUGGUAGGACAGCACCACCUCAUGGCCUACUGAUUUCUCAUAUUGGAAAGCUGAAAGAUUUUCUUCUGCAACACAGAAAGGAUUACAUCAAUGCUUACAGCCAUAUUAUGUCUGACUAUGUGAGGAUGACAGAUACAGAGCGUGAUCAGAUAGAUCAAGAUGCUCAGAUAUUUAUGAGGACAUGUGCCGAUGCCAUUCAUCAGCUGAGAACAGAAGCACACAAGGGUGUCCAGUCUGCUCAGGUAAAGGAGCACAGAACAGCUGUCUUGGACUUCAUUGAAGAUUACUUAAAAAGAGUGUGUAAGCUGUAUUCUGAACAGAGAGCCAUCCGAGUUAAGCGAGUGAUAGAUAAGAAGAGAUUGUCCAGACUUGAACCUGAGCAGAGCAAUGUGUCCAAGUCACCUCUUUCCCCUGAAAAAUCUUCACAGAAUCCUGUGGAUGAUUCUGAAGAAAAGCUUUCUGCUGAGGAAAGCAAAGGUAAGAAUAAAACAUAG